AAAAUGACUGCAAUCAAGCAUGCUUUACAGAGGGAUAUUUUCACUCCCAAUGAUGAACGCUUGUUGAGCAUUGUGAAUGUGUGCAAAGCAGGCAAAAAGAAGAGAAACUGCUUUUUGUGUGCCACAGUGACAACGGAACGACCAGUGCAAGUAAAUGUGGUAAAAGUGAAAAAAUCUGACAAGGGAGAUUUCUACAAAAGGCAGACUGCAUGGGCACUUCGAGAUCUUGCUGUUGUUGAUGCCAAAGAUGCUGUUAAAGAGAAUCCUGAAUUUGACUUGCAUUUUGACAAAGUGUACAAAUGGGUUGCAAGCAGCACAGUGGAAAAGAACACCUUCAUUUCAUGUAUCUGGAAACUCAAUCAAAGAUAUCUUAGAAAGAAAAUUGACUUUAUUAAUGUUAGUUCGCAGCUUUUGGAAGAACUGCCUAAAGUUGCAGAAGAAUCCGUUCCAAGUGGAGAGAAUCAAAGCGUAGCAGGAGGUGAUGAAGAGGCUGUCGAUGAAUACCAGGAGUUAAAUGCAAGAGAGGAACAGGAUAUUGAAAUAAUGAUGGAAGGGUGUGAAUAUGCUAUUUCUAAUGCUGAAGCCUUUGCAGAGAAGUUGUCAAGAGAGCUACAAGUGCUAGAUGGGGCAAAUAUCCAGUCAAUUAUGGCCUCAGAGAAACAGGUGAAUAUCUUGAUGAAGUUGCUGGAUGAAGCUCUGAAGGAAGUUGACCAAAUUGAGCUAAAGCUGAGCAGUUACGAAGAAAUGCUUCAGAGUGUAAAAGAGCAAAUGGAUCAAAUUUCAGAAAGCAAUCACCUAAUCCAUCUCAGCAACACAAACAAUGUGAAGCUACUAUCAGAGAUAGAGUUCUUAGUGAAUCACAUGGAUUUGGCUAAAGGUCAUAUAAAGGCCCUUCAGGAGGGAGAUCUGACAUCCUCUCGAGGCAUUGAGGCCUGCACUAAUGCCGCAGAUGCCCUGCUGCAGUGUAUGAAUGUAGCUCUUCGUCCAGGACAUGAUAUGCUUCAUGCAGUGAAGCAGCAACAGCAGCGGUUUAGUGACUUGCGUGAGCAAUUUGCACGGAGACUUGCCAGUCAUUUGAACAGCGUAUUUGUUAAGCAGUUUACUCAGACCCUCCUUCAACUCUAUAACAGGCCCUACUGUCUUUCAGUUCCA